AUGGCCGACCCAGAGAUAGCCACCAAGGCCCCCGAGAGCGACGCCCAAGAAGAUGCGCCUGCCCCAGCCCAUGUCCCAGCCCCAGCCCCAGCCCCAGCCCCAGCCCCAGCCCCAGCCCCAGCUCCAGCACAUGCCCCCGCGCCAACCCUCAGCGACCACUGCACCUCAGACCGCCCUACACCGGCCGGACGGGCCUCGACCGGCGAGAUCACUAAGCUCGGCGACAUCGAUGUCUACAUCUCCAAGCCGGCCGACUACCCGCACACGCCGUCGCGGCUGCUGCUGCUGCUGACGGGUGGGACGGGGCUGCAGAGCGUCAACAACCAGAUCCAGGCGGACCGGUUCGCGUCCGAGGGCGGGUACGUGGUGGUUAUGCCGGACCUGUUUGGCGGCGACGCGGCGCCCAACUCGACAAAGACGGCUUUCUCUGGCUCGUCAGAGUCGGGCAGCUCGCUGCUCGACACCUUCAAGACCAAGGCCGUCGAGGCCGCCAAGAGCUUCAUGAUCGACAUGUGGCUGGCCCGCCACACCGAGGAGAAGGUCCUGCCCAUCCUGCACAAGGUCCUCGACGCCGCCCGCGACGAGUUUGCCGACGCCGUCGCCUCGGGCGGCGGCAUCUACGCCGUCGGCUACUGCUUCGGCGGCCGCUACAUCUUCCUGCUGGCCGCCGAGCGCCCCGUGCCGCCGCCCUCGGGGGCUGGCGGGGGACUGACAAUGCCGUGGUCUCCCAGCGUCGCUGCGUCUGCUGCUUCUCCGCAGCCGGGCGACGACGAAGAGGCCAGCCGGCCCAAGACGGCCGGGCCCUACAUCAAAGCGGGCGCCAUCGCCCACGCCACGCUCGUGUCGCGCGACGACUUCGCAGGCCUCAAGGCCCCCAUCAGCGUCGUCUCGGUCGAGCACGACCCCAUGUUCCCCGACGAGGUGCGCACCGCCGCCGAGGACUACAUGAGCAAGAACAAUGUCGAGCACGAGGUCCAGGUCUACCCGCGCGUGCCGCACGGAUUCGCUGUGCUGGGCGACUACGACGACCCAAACAUCCAGCAGGCGCAGGUCACUGCCUUUGAGCAGAUGCUGAAAUGGCUCAACGACCAUUGA